UUUCUCGAUGAAAGUGAAAGUAGAUUGACAGCCAGAAGGCCGAAGGCAAAGUUUAGAGUUAAACUUAAUAACAUACGGUCACUGUCAUGUUAAUACUCUACAUAUUUUAAAUAUUGUGAAGAUGUCUCUUAAGUGGCACCCUUACUCCCUGUACGAAACAGAUACCACCAGGUUCUGGGUUCACUAUGGCCUAGUUAUACUGGGGGCGGUGCUAGCACUGGUUACAGCCGUCGCUCAGUGGAGGGACCCUGCUCCCUAUGGGAAACAUGAAAGGAAGGAUCAGAACUGGGGCCCAAUGAUUCCCCAGAGACUAGGACAUUUCUUGUCAGAUGCUCUACCAGGUGUUGUCCUGUUUGUACUGGUAUUUGUUUUCUAUGGAACACAGAAUAAAAACUACAUUAACUACAUAUUUUUGGCUAUGUUUUUAUCUCACUAUGUUCAUAGAGGCAUCAUACACCCUCUCAUAAUGAGAUACAGAAAUCCAAGAGUUGCCAUUGGAAUAACACUAGGGGGCUUUUUUCCAAACUGUCUGUACCAUUUUGUGAAUGCUGAUUUCAUAGGAUCAGCAGAGUACCACAGUAACUACUAUUAUGACCCUCGUUUUAUUGUGGGCGUCAUUCUGUUUUGUGCUGGGUACGUCAUCAACAGACACUCCGACUUGAAGCUACGGUCUCUGAGGGACACCAAAGAUUCUAUCAAUGAACAAUACCAGAGGACCAGAAGUUAUGAUGCUAUGAGUAAUCAUACGGAAAUUAAAACAGAAAACCCUGGGUGUACGGGUUACUACAUACCGUAUGGAGGCUUCUUUGAACUAGUCACCUGUCCCAACUAUUUCGGCGAGCUGGUAGAGUGGAUUGGAUGGAGCCUGGCCACGUGGUCCUUUGCCGGUCUGGUGUGGACGUUGUUUUGUGCGGCAACAUUUGUUCCGAGGGCCCGACACAACCACGCUUGGUACAAGUCGCAGUUUGAUUCGUAUCCACCAAACCGGAAGUCGCUGAUCCCCUUCCUGUUUUAGAGUUGGUAUUGCUCUCACUCAUUGGUCCAUGUCACGCUCAUGCUUUACCCUAGGCGAGUGGAGAAGGUCCGAUAUAUAAAACAUUACUGGUUCUAACUCCAUCAAACAUGAAUAAUAUCAUUGAAUGGUGCAUCUGAAAACACAAUGGAACCAAACAGACUUUGAUGUUAAAUCAGAGCCAUCAUUUUUUAAAGAUGCUGGAAGACGUUAAAAAUACAUGUAUUGUUUAUGAUAAAACGGAAUUAGGUAAUAAAACAAUUACUGUAUGUAAUGCCUGCACAGUCAGUUGACCCAAAUUUAUCAAUAGAUCAUAAACUGAGAUGUUGCCUGCACCAAGGGAAAAAUAUUCGGGUCUGUUGACUGCUCAAGCAUUAAAUAAUUGUUUAUUUGUUUAAUAUUAUAUGUAGAAAUUUUAAUCAAAUCAUAUGCUAUGUAUAUGAUUUAGAAAAAAAAUAGUUCUAUAUAAUAUCAUAUUGUAUUGAAAAUAUUGACAGUGCAUUUCCCUUGUAUCAUAUGAUAAAAUCUAAGAUUUUGAUAACUCGUUUUCUCUAGUUUGACCAGGCAGAUGUAGGGACUUGACAUUAUUUGAUUCUUGAUAUACCCGUCCCUUUGUGUACGGAUGAUUUCACUCAGUAUUUUUUAGCAUCAUAUCAGUAAUCACAUGUUUAUUGAAACAUAUCAUAAUUUUUGGAAUAUUUUCUAAGGUAAAAGCAUGCGCUGUAUGAGUGUAUCUUGAUUUAUUGUAUAAAUUGUUGCUGUAUAUUGUGGCUUGUAUGUUUUUGAUUUGCAUACAAAUCUUUGGGUUAGUGCAAAAUGUAACUCAGGACUUCAAGUUUUAUUCUUCCUGUUUUAUAAGAAAUGUAUGAGAAUAUUUGAAGUACACGUAUAUAAAAGUUUUAUAUAUAUUUAUA